CAGCCUUAGGCUUUAUGUAGGUGGAGGGAGAAGGGCAGCCAGAGGUAGAUAGGUAGUUACUGCGCUCCCUUACCUGCUGGAGUUAAUUUGCUACCUGGAUUACUUACUAACCUGUUGCUGGCUUCGCUGCGCUCUCCGUGUCCUGGCUUCAUACUCCGAGAGGGAACCUCAUGGCUGCAUCCUGUGAUAUGAGUAACAUUUUCACCAACUAUAUCAACGCCAUGUACCAUGCAGAAGACCCAGCUCCUGCCCCAUCAGCCACCUUGGGUGGCGAUGACUUGGUGCUGACCCUGAGCAAUCCCCAGAUGCCCCUAGAGGGCACAGACAAAGCCAGUUGGGCAGGGAUGCUGCCCCAGUUGUGGUCGAAGACCCAGGUCCUAGACUGGAUCAGCUAUCAGGUGGAGAAGAAUAAAUACGAUGCUAGCGCCAUUGACUUUUCCCGGUGCAACAUGGAUGGUGCCAUCUUGUGCUGCUGUACCCGGGAAGAGCUGGGCCAGGUCUUUGGAUCCCUGGGGGAUGAGCUCUAUACCCAGCUGCAGGACCUAUCAUCUGGCUCAUCUGAUGAGCUAAGCUGGAUCAUUGAACUCCUGGAGAAAGAUGGACUCACUACCCCGGACAUCAUUGGGGACACCACCUUUGAUCAUGGCAGCCCCUUAAACCAAGAUUUGCUGGAUGACUCAAGGUUGGCCAGUCCCUAUUACCCAGGAAGCUAUGGGGCGGGGGCUCCUUCUCCGGGCUGCUCAGAUGUCUCCACUUCAGGUACUGGAACCUCUCAAAGUCCCCACUCAGACUCUGGGGCAAGUGACAUGGAUUUAGAUCCCACGGACAGCAAGUUGUUUUUCCCCAGUGAUGACUUCUCUGACUAUAAGAAAGGAGACCUAAAAUAUGGGAAGAGGAAACGAGGAAGACCCCGGAAACUGAGCAAGGAGACCCGAGAGUGCCUGGAGAGCAAAAAAAGCAAACAUGCUCCAAGAGGGACACACCUAUGGGAGUUUAUAAGGGACAUCCUCAUCCACCCAGAGCUCAAUGAAGGCCUCAUGAAGUGGGAGAACAGGCACGAGGGUGUCUUUAAGUUCCUCCGAUCCGAGGCUGUGGCCCAGCUGUGGGGUCAGAAGAAGAAAAAUAACAGCAUGACUUAUGAGAAACUCAGCCGGGCCAUGAGAUAUUACUACAAACGGGAGAUCUUGGAGCGGGUCGACGGCCGAAGACUAGUCUAUAAAUUUGGCAAGAACUCGAGUGGCUGGAAGGAGGAGGAGGUUGAGGUCGUCUUGAGCCGAAACUGAGAAACUGAGCAAAAGAGCCAUGGAGCAAUGAGCUUGCCCCUGGACCAGAAACUUGUUCAGACAUUCCUGGACCCUGGCCCUCCAAGCCCCUUCAGGGAGGGUGGGUGCCCGCGUUGGCGCUGGAAGCCAGUGGGUGUGCCCCAGUGGAGAGAAACUGAACUUUGGCCGUCAUGGGACAUGGACACCUCGGCCCCUCCCUCCACUUUUUCCUCUUGGAAUGACUACCCCUCUGAAUGGAAGGUAGUCGUGGUGCUGGGAUUCUGGACUAAGGACCAGGAACCCUGGACUGGCGGUAGUUGGGGGAUAAUGGAUGGCCUGUGAAGAAAGCCAUAGACAGAGAAGACCUGCCAGCACCUCGUCUCCAGUCUUGCCAUUUUCCUAAGCGUGGACUCCGCGGGUCGUGGGUCAGAACACUCGCUAAUUUAUGUGGUAUAAAUAUAAUAUGUAUAUAGAAGUCUAUUUUUUCAAUGAUGUCCCUCCCCUCAAACACUCCGCAGAGACUUCAGCUAUUAAAGCUACUUGUGGCCUUCCCCUGGAUCAGGAUGGAUUCACUUUUCAAAAUAUCUGCAGCAGGGGCUGGGGAGAUGAAACUGGGCCCCAGAACUCCUGCCUGGUCACUCCUCUUGUCUCCAGAAUGGAUCAAAAAGUUUUAAUAAAGCAUCUUCUGGGGGGUUUUGUUUUUAA